GGAGGGAAUGGAUCCCUCACUUUGGUGAAUGUGUGAACUAGGCUGGAGUCCAGGGCCCUGCAGCCUGAAAUCUGGGGGAAUCAGAGCUGAGCUCCUGAUUGGUGCUAUCCUAGUCCCCACCUAUCAGGUCUUGCUGAAGGAGGGUGACAAGAAGGGACAGUUAGGGGUUAAGCUCACUGUUAAGGCACAGUGAGCCUGAAUAUGGUCCUCUCAUCUUCAUGGCCUGAUGUGUACUGAAGAGGGCUGCCUGGCAUCCAUUUAUCUUCAUGUUGUCACGAGGGUCACACUUCAUCCUUGGGUCCUCAAGUCACAUCUUUGUGGCCCGGGUAGCAGACAGACUAUGAGGCUGAUUUGGCCAUCAGCUUUUGACAUCAUGAUGACAGAUGUCCAGGUCCUGGGUUCUCCACCCGAGUAGCUAUGGCAGAUAGGACAGAACUAAUGUGCCGGUCACUUUACGACCUGGACCCCGCGCUGGCAGGGUGAAGGAGCGUUUUCUUGGCAAUAAUCUCCCCUUUGUGCUCAUUUUUGCCCACCUGGAAGCAUGUCCAGGAGGUAGGGCCUUCUGCAUCGCAAGCCAAGCCUUAGUGCAGGACUGAACGUGUCCGUAGGGUGCAGCCAGCUUCAACCACUUAGCGUGGCCCCCAGGGCGCGAAAAGGACUACUCGCAAGAACAUCCCUGAACCCUUGACCCCCCGCCACCACCGUACGACCCUUGGGCUUCGUUGUGCCGGCGCUGCUACGUACAUCCCCGCCCACUUCCAGUCCCAGGAGGCCGUGCGCCGUGGUGGGCGGGGCAUCAGGCAAGAUUCCUGGAAAGGCGUGGUAGGGAAGGAGUCUGUGUGGGAGGGGCGGGGCCUCGGGGCGGGACUCCCUCAGUGAUACACAGUCCCACGCGCCCUGCUGAUUCCGCUUGCUUCUUGCUGUGGCAGCGUCCCUGGUGGCUCUCAGACCCAAGAGAAUUCCGCCGCCCCUCCCCGCUUCGAGCACCAUGGAGCAGCCGCCCGACGUUGAAGAGGACGACUGUCUCCCUGAUUACCGCCACCUCUUCUGCCCAGGCUUGCUCCAGGGCAAAGUGGCCUUUAUCACUGGUGGUGGCUCUGGGAUCGGGUUCCGGAUCACUGAGAUUUUCAUGCGAAGGCACCCUUGCGGGGAGCUCUGCUUGGAGCACCUGGGAGGAGCCCACCUCGAACCUGCUGUUCUCAGCCCUGCCAUCUCGUUUUGCAGGCAUGGCUGCCAAACGGUCAUCGUCAGCAGGAGUCUGCCAAGAGUGUUGAUGGCUGCCAAGAAGCUGGCUGCUGCCACUGGCCAGCGCUGCCUCCCUAUGUCCAUGGACGUCCGAGCUCCCCCAGCCAUCAUGGCUGCUGUGGACCAGGCACUGAAGGAAUUUGGCAAAAUUGAUAUCCUCAUUAACUGUGCGGCUGGGAACUUCCUGUGCCCUGCCAGUGCAUUGUCAUUCAAUGCCUUCAAGACUGUAGUUGAAAUUGACACCAUUGGCACCUUCAAUGUGACUCGUGUGCUCUAUGAAAAGUUCUUCCAGAACCAUGGAGGAGUGAUUGUGAACAUCACUGCAACCUUGGGUUUCCGGGGGCAGGCGCUGCAGGUGCACGCAGGCUCUGCCAAAGCAGCUGUGGAUGCAAUGACACGACACUUAGCUGUGGAGUGGGGUCCUCAGAAUAUUCGUGUCAACAGCCUUGCCCCUGGCCCCAUCAGUGGCACAGAGGGGCUCCGCCGACUGGGUGGCCCCCAGGCCAGCCUGAGCAAAGAGCUCCCUAAUAGCCCCCUGCAGAGGAUGGGGAACAAGACGGAGAUUGCCCACAGUACGCUGUACCUGGCUAGCCCUCUGGCUUCCUACGUGACUGGGAUCAUGCUGGUGGUGGAUGGUGGAUGCUGGCUGACAUCCCCAAAUAAUAUCAAGAAACGGGUGAAUUUGGAAUCCACCUCUGCUAAGCUCUAGACAGGAUCUGGUUAAGUUGCCCAUGUAGCCUUGAAUUUGAAGAUCCUCCUGCUUCAGCUCCCACAGUGCUGGUAUUAUAGGCAUGCAACACCAUGCCCAGGUGCAAACUUUUUACAAAGAAAAGGAAGAGGAUUAAAAAGAAUCAUUGUAACCCUAACAUUUAGAGGUGGGGCUGUGCUUCUUCCAUGUGUGUUUUCAUCUCUCCUAAGCCUGGCUAUUCCUAUGCCCUUUCUCCUCCUUUCCAGGCCCCUUUGCACAUGAAAGGUGUAGGGCAAGCAGCAGAGCUUCAUAAUCCAACCCCAGGACUCCUGAUUGGAGAGUGGUGUGGCCCCAUGGCCACCCUGGUGGAAGGGGAGCAUUUAUCCCUCAAGCCCCCUUAGCCAGGUGGACCCUUCUUUUCUCUGAGUUCCCAGCUUGUUGGUACUCUAAACCCCCACUGCAUUCAGGCUUCUUUUCCUGAGCAGGAGACAAAAUCUAGUGUCUGAUAUAGUUCUACUCCUGCCCUAUUUGGCAAACACAGUAUUGAACUUACAGCUGCUGAGGUGGCUUCCCUGGAGCUUCAUUGCACAGAUCCUAUCUUGCAAAGCAGGAGAAAGCAUUACACGUUUGGCUCUGUGGCCACCUUGCUGCCAUCACUGUGGUAGCUGAGGUUCCCUCCCACCACAUGUCUGCAGCACACUUGUUGUCACUUUUGGCCCGCCUCCCAGAAGCAUACAAGUGUGGCCUCUGAGGGGUUAUUAUGACUUGUAUCUAGAUGUCUCCCCAAAGCCAUAUAGGUGGGGCUUUUCAGAGGUACUGGAUCUAGAAUGUGUGAUGCUGGGAUUGAGGGUGUCCCAUCUUGGGUGUGAAUACUACCUGCCCAAAGGGCAGGUAGCCUGGAUGGAAUAUAAGGGACAGAAAGAAAAUUUGCUGCUGUUGCUUCUGCUCUCUACUUUACUGCUUUGCUGCCUUCUUCCUGCCCUGCUUUGGCAUGGACUGUUUCUCCUCUGUGAGGUCUCUCUGCCAUGCCACCCUGCCUUGGAGCCAGCCAACUAUAGACUAAAACUUCUACAAAGUGUGAGCUGAAAUAACUCUUUUCUCCUUUAACUUUGGGUGUCGGGUAUUUUGUCUCAGCAACAAAGUAAGUAACUCAGAGGAUCUUGAAUAAAGAAGCUUCACCCGUAA